AAAGAAGAAGAAGAACCUGACGUUACGAUUUGACAAUGGCGCGGGAAAACCGUGAAGAAACUGAAAUGGAUACCAGCACAGAUAAAGAGUCGGACAGCCCCUAUCCAUCCACAUUAAAACUGUACGAGACGCAGUUUUUCGGCUUCACUCCGCAGACAUGUAUGUUGCGAGUAUACAGCGCCUUCCAGGAUUGUCUGUACGACAUUUUACCUGUUGUGGAAAAGGUGUGUGUGAGGCAGCUCAGCAGAGACAAGUCGGACUCCGAGGAACUGCUUCGGUCCCGGGCCAGAGAGUGCAGCCGGAAACUGCAGCAGUUUCUCGAUGAAAGGUUCAAGCAGCUGUCGAAGAGGAUGGAAACACUGCUGCUCGACCGCUGCUUCUCCGUGCCGCCAAAUGUCCUGCUGUCCGAGGACCAGUCCCACAAGAACUACCCCCAACACAUACAGGAGGUGCUGAGGCUGGAGUCAAACCUUGCUGACCUCCAUAGCGCCUACGAAGCAGAGGUCUGUGCCAGACAGGCCCUGCUGGCAGAGCUGGAGGAGCAGAAGGAGGUGCAGAAGCAGCUGGACGGGGUCUUGAUGUGGGUCAGAGAGCUCCAGGCGGCCUGGGUGAAGGAAGGUAACGGCAGCUUCCAUGAAAGCUUCCAGAUGGUGAUGGAGUCCGUUAAAAGACUGCAGGAGGCCGCCAGGGAGGUCUGUCACAAGGCACCUCAUUGAUUUGAGAUUAGAUUAGCAAACAAAUAAAUAUUACUGAAAAAGUCUUAUGUGGUAUCCUGUUUUUAGACUAUCUGAAAAAGACUAGAGAAUUCAGAAGGCAUUGUUCACUGCAAAUGAGGCUUAAAUCAUCUGCCCACUGAAAUCUAGAACAGUCCAGUUUUAUUUGUAUUUGUAUUAUUUUGGAGAUAAUAAAACCCCAAUGAAUUAAGGCUUCAUUGUGUAAAUAUUGUAACAAAGCUAAUUCUAGAUCACAGAGCUUUAGGCCUUUGAGUUGGUUGUGUCUUUUUCUUUGUUGGUUUGUUUAUUUGGAUCCCCGUUAGCUUCAGCGUAGCUCGAAGCUGUUUCUUCUUGGGGUCUGCAGUUUACAUUGUGACAAUACAUUUUACACAUUCAUAUUGUGUAUAUUCUUUUUACACUAACAAACAUUCAACAACAUAUAGCAUAUCUAUAAUAACUAAAACAUAAUUACUGAAAAUGAUCCCCAGACCAUAUGUAUCACUUCCAUUCAAACUUUUCUCCAUAUGAAAAAAAAAAUCCUUUCACAAUGUCAUGUAAAUAAUAAUAAAGCACAUGGAUGAAUUUGUG